AUGACUCAGAUUGUUGAUGAAACUGUGAGGAAGUAUGUGACAACUGAGGAUGUUGAACAAACUCAGAAUCAGUCUACUGACGGACAAAGGAUUCAGGUUAUUGGAGAAACCCAGAGCCAGUCUACUGAGGAACAGAAUAGUCCAGAUGCUGGAAAAGUUCAGAACCAGUGUGCUGAGAGACAAAGAAAUCUUUCCGUUUUAGAUGCUCAAGGCCAGUAUGCCCAGAGACAAAGGAGUCAGGGUAUUAAAGAAAAUCGCAAUGAAUCUCUUGAAGAAGGCACACUAGAGGUUUUAAAGGAGACUUACAGCAGGUCCUCUAAGGAAAUAAGUCCUUGGUUUCCUUAUGUCAGCGAAACAAGGGAUCAGUCAGCUGACAAACCUGUCUAAACAGAAUCCAUUUUCAAGGGUCAUAAAGGUAUUUAAUACUGUUUGUUUUGAUUUUUUAUAAUGUAUCUUUUUAAAGCGAUUUUAAAAUAUUAAUCACUUCCAAUUCUGUUUUAGAAGGAAACAUGACUUUUAUGAAAGAAAAUGGUUAAUACAAUCAUGGUUAUUAUAGUUGUGUGUUCAAGUUAUUUGUGUGUAGGUAGUAAUACAUAGUGUUCGUUCAAACUAAAGUUCAAUUUUUUACCCAUUUCUUUAAUGGCUGAAAUCCUUGCAAACAUUCUAGCUCAUUCUGUAUCAAAGUUUUUUUUCCUUUUUUUCGGUAGAGGUGUACAACACUUAGCAAGUACUACUAAAAUUUUCUGUUUUCACCAGUGCGAGUAAUAAAGAGUUUUGCUUCUUUUUUGUUUGAGAGGACUUCAAUUAUACAAACCUUUUUGCUUUAUUUACAUAGUCUGAUAUAAAUGAUUCGAGUUGUUGACAGAAUUUUCGAACGUUAACAAAUCAUCGACUUCGUCUCGGGUUUGCAUUACUGACUAACGGAAAAAGUAUUAUAUAAACCCCAGUGAAAUACUAGGUGAGCUUUCGGGCGAAAACUUGAUAUCUUCAGACGUGAAAAUAUCUCCGUUACUAUGGCUGCAUAAUAAAUCGCGCCUUUCACACUAAAAAAAACUAUUAAAGUGGAAUAGUUGGGUAUUUCAUUGGUGUUUAGCAUUAGCGCAGCGAACGAGUGAAAUAUUUUUCAACACUCGAAGAGAAAUUUUGUAUCUCCGAUCGACCAUGUAAUAUGCUCUAUUUCUGUUGCUAAAUGCAAGUUAUAUUUAGAUGAAUAGUUGAUACACAGACUGUAUACAUUUUAAAUUGUUUUGUUAAUUUACCAAUGCUUAAGACACCUCAUUUAACAACUAGAUGGUGCCUACCCUUGGUAGGCAGGAGACUGCGUGAAAGAUGAUACCAGCAAACAAAUAAACAUCCUUUUUAGCUCAUGGAUGACGUAGUCAUGCCAUGGGCUUUUAGAGGCACUCGAUCACUCACUCACUAAUACACUCACUCACUCGAUUCUCAUUAAUUUAUUCAUUAAAGUCAGAUUAAACACUUUACUCUUAUCUCCCUUACUUAGUAUAUUUGGAUGAAUUGUACACAUUUGUUCCCGAUAUUACUUGAUAUGGAGAGGAUACGGUCGACAGGAGUGUGAAAGAACUAUCGAAGCCUGACGAUGGGAUUUCGUUCAGCAAAUAAGCCAAAGAGCGUUAGCUGCAAAAAACGGUCCUCGAAUUGUAAAGCGACGUUGACGUUCACAUGCGAAAGCAAAUUAUUUUACAACUAAAAAGCGUUAAUAAAAGUGAUCUUUGCGUUAAGUAGAAAUGCUGCAUAUAUAACAGUCUCUAGAAUAUUCGCGGAGCUCCACCCGCGCGCGAAGCGCGCGAGUGGGCGGAGCCCCAUAGCUUAGGAAAUCGACCCAUCCCAGAAAAUUUGGUAAUCAAGUGACCGUACACCGACCGCCCGCCGACCGUCCGUCCGCACCACAAGGAAACCAAUGUUUACUCUCACACUUUCUAGCUACAAUCAUCGUCAAAAGUGUUGGGAAGGUUGCCUUUUUUUACCCCUUCUUUUCCUUCCUCUCCCCGACCCUGGCCCAUUGUUGAUCAAAACGUUAAUGUUUGUGCUCGUUAUUGUUCUGUUAUAUCCCAACAUUGAAUAGGGGGGACGGGGGAUAUUUCGCAAAAGAGAAAACUCUCUUUUUUCAGGAUGAAAAUGGACUGCUGUUAAAUUGUACAACCUUCCCAAUUACUUUUGUCUGUGAUUGUAGUUUUGGAGCCCGGGAGGAAACUGAUUGCACAUCAAUAUUGUGAUCAAUUGACAGCUGUCAAAACAACGUAUCCACUGACCAGUAUCAUCUGACCAUAUCGCGGGCUCAGGUGUCGACCCAUCGAGGUCGAAUACUUUUUGGAAGUUAUCCGCUGACAAGUUACUGGUUUUCAAAUGAUCGCAGGCUAAAGUUUAUUUUUAAAGAUUUAUAUGAAAUAUGUUGAGUUUAUGUCACGAUGGUCACGCACAAUUAAGAUUUUGAUUUCAAACUAACCAUGGACUCGAAAAUUCAGCCAGUUAUUUCAAAAUACAGGCGGGGAAGACCUUUUCUUACCCAGGUCACGCGUUGGUCACGCUCUACGUCGAAUUUUUAUGCUCUGAUUAGUCAAAAUUUGACAGGUGAGUUCAUGCGGAAAAUUUAUGUAGCAUCCUGAAACUUGAUUACUUUGACAGCUGAAGCUGACAGAGUUUUAUGUCAACUUGUGAUUCUUUUAACUGUCUUUCUCCACUGGAUGUUCAAAAUUAAAUACAGCUACUAUCAGGAGUCUUCUGUUAUUCAUGGCUAGUUUGUUUAUUGGUUUUUUGGUUCAGAAAUGCGUCUCUUGUCAAAGUCGGAAAUCCGAUUUUGGAUGGCAUCGUUUUCGUUUUUCACCUUGCUUGAUGCGUAUUAAAGAGGGUUCAAAAUUCUCAAGCGAUUCUGGCAUUACUUGACAGCUUUCGGGAGCUGCAUCUUUUCGUAAGCCCAUGGGGGCUACAUAGUGAUUUCGUUUUUAUUUUUCACUUUUCCGUUUUCGUUUUGAACGUUUUGAUUUUCACUUCUCUAUUUAGCUUUUCGGUUAAGAAUUCGGUUUUUUUUCACUUUUCCGUUUUGGUUUUUAACGUUCUGAUUUUCACUUCUCCAUUUAGCUUUUCGGUUGAGAAUUCGGUUUUUAUUUUUUUACUUUCCCGUUUCCGUUUUUAACGUUUUGAUUUCCACUUCUCCAAUUUGCUUUUCGGUCGAGAUUUCGGUUUUUAUUUAUAUUUUACUUUUCCAUUUUUCUUUCUAACUUUUUGAUUUUUAUCGAUCUAUUUCGUUUUACUUUUCAGUUUUUGUUUUUGCUUUUAAAUUAUAUAAUGAAAACCAAAACCAAAACCUAAUAAUUAUAGCCUUUAAAAAUUGAAAACCAAAAAAACCAAAACCAAAACCAAAACCGACAGAGUAGACCAUGAUGCUUUGCUGGACGAUCAAUGUGGCGGAUCAAGGUGUCCAUCCGGCGGAGUGCGGCUUUGUUGACGAUGUUAGCCCAGGUAGAUUUUCUAAUUUUACCUCCACUAAUUGCCUUAAAUCAUAAACUGUAUUUCUUUUCAACGUGCCUUUUAAUUCUUGUAAUUAAGCUAUGGAAAUCGCGUUAAUCGACUAGAUCAUCAGUAGGCUUGGAUUGGAGGUACUAAUGUGCUGUAAGUUACCGCACAUUUGUUAAGCUUUCAUUUAUACUAGAUCGUAAUCGCGUCGAAUGUGAAUAUAAGGGGAAAUAUAUUCUUUGAGCAUAAUGGCACGAUCAAAGUAUGGGCGGUAUUUGGAGUCACGUUUAUAACUGACGGCAAACGUCAGAUUCACCUAACGUCUGUCUUCUGGGAUAUCUGUUCGAAUAAGCAAAUAUAGGAAAUGAGCGGAUAACAACCGCUCAAAACAAUUUUUAUGGAUAAAAUCUGAGUGAAACUGCUAAGUUUUAUGUAGAAGUAAUGAACACUAAGCGACAAAAAGAGGGGAAAUUUGGUCACGCAGUAUACACGUACCGCGGCAGAUGUUUAUUGCCUUUUAAUAAAGUUAUAAACGUGACUCCAAAUCUAUCUGAUUUUGAGAGCCGACACGUGUUAAAAACUUACUGCCCAUACUUUAAUCGUUCCAUUAUGCUCAAAGAAUAUAUUCCCCCUUAUAUUCACAGCCUACGCGAUUACGAUCUAGUGUAAAUGAAAGCUUAACAAAUGUGCGGUAACUUACAGCACAUUAGUACCUCCAAUCCAAGCCUUCUGAUGAUCUAGUCGAUUAACGCGAAUUCCAAAGCUUAAAUAGAAGAAUUAAAAGGUACGUUGAAAAGAAAUACAGUUUAUGAUUUAGAGCAAUCAGUGGAGGUAAAAUUUACCUGGGCUAACAUCGUCAACAAAGUCGCACUCCGCCGGAUGGACACCUUGAUCCGCCAUGUUGAUCGUCCAGCAAAGCAUCAUGGUCUACUCUUGGUUUUGGGUUUUUGGUUUUCGUUUUUUAAUGUUUAUAAUAAGGUUUUGGUUUGGUUUUCAUUAUAUAAUUUAAAAGCAAAAACAAAAACUGAAAAGUAAAACUAAAUAGUUCGGUAAAAAUCAAAAAGUUAGAAACAAAAAUGGAAAAGUAAAAAAAAAAUAGAAACCGAAAUCUCAACCGAAAAGUAAAAUGGAGAAGUGAAAAUCAAAACGUUAAAAACGGAAACGGAAAAGUAAAAAAUAAAAACCGAAUUCUCAACCGAAAAGCUAAAGGGAGAAGUGAAAAUCAAAACGUUCAAAACGAAAACGGAAAAGUAAAAAAUAAAAACCGAAAUCUCAACCGAAAAGCUAAAUGGCGAAGUGAAAAUCAAAACGAAAACGGAAAAGUAAAAAGUAAAAACCGAAAAGCUAAAUGACGAAGUGAAAAUCAAAAAGUGAAAAACAAAAAUGGAAAAGUGAAACAUAAAAACAAAAUCACUAUGUGGCCCUCCUGGGCUUCCGUAGCAUCUCGGAUGGUAAGGCUGAGUUAUUAUUAUAUUUGAUGUUUGUUUUUCACAUCUAAUUUCAGGCAUUCGAACACAGUUUAUGCGGCAAAUUUAUGCAUGUUUGUAAGAUUUGAGACAAUGAUUUGACCUAGUAUCAGGUUUGAUAUAACCUUACAGAACUUUCCAAAGCCUUUAGAUAUAUUUUCUCACCGCAAAUGGAAAGAAAACGUUCCGAAGAAUAUUUAGCUAUAAAUUUGGCCGUAGAAAGAAAACUUUGAGCGAUUUUCUUGCCUCGAGUUCAUCUUUGAGAAAAGCAAGCACCAGGAGGCCGGCCUAAAACAUGAACUUAUUAAGGUUUAAGCUUUAAGACUCAGGAUUUUUAGAAACACUUUAAUACUUGUCUCGUGAAUGAAAAUUGUUGCCUCUGUAAAUGCUUCACUGAAUUAUAUUUCUUUUAUUCAUUGUUAGUAGUCUCUCUUGCAAUUUUAAUCGCUGUACCGUUUGUUUUCAGUCGUUCAUGAAUAUCGUUUGCAGGAGUUAACUCGAAAUGCAGCGCGUAUCAAACGCUUUUUAAGAUUACAAAUCGUUAUAAAACCCUUACAUAAAAAAAUAAACUUAAUAAAUUCUUUAUUAUGUUGAAGCAUAACUCUAUUAAUGUUCAGUGCAAAUUUGGCGCUCGUCAAAAGAGAAAACCGGCUGGCCGUAUUAAUUGAUUUUGGAAAUUUUUUGAACGGUUUCGCUAAAAGCCAAGGAUUGAUCGUCCUGAAUAUUGACUGAGUGCAAUUUGUCUUGAAAAAUUGUGAAAUUCUUCAUUCUGUCCGAGGUCUGUAUGAUUUCAAUAAAAAGGUGUUUUUAAAGCAAAAGCAAUUUAGACACUUGUAACAUUACAAACAUAUAAAACGAAUUAAUCGAAAAAGAUGUCAAUUUCAUAUCUUUCUGUUUUCUCAACAUAGUACAGAAAAUUUAAAAAAAGGGUUGGCCGAACCGUGCACGGACCGUUUACACACCCCCAGAUUUUUUGGCAAGAGUUUGUAAAGUAAACUUGUCGAAAGCAAAAAAUUCCGCCUGAUUUGUUUUCCAACAAUUUAUUUUCCAGGCCUAAUCUACUGUGAUCAAGAGCCAUUGUGGCUCUUGAAUGUGAUCGAAGAAGAUUGCUUUCUUUUGGGUGUACAUAUAAGGCUAUCAUCUCGAUGUAAGAUGUUUCACUCUAAAAUUUAGCCUUUCCCUCAAAAGUCACUUUAAUUUUUGCUCUUAAGUUAACUGAUUUGUGGAUUACAAGUUUAUUGUUUGAUUUAAAUUAUCAAUUUAUUAAUUGGAGCUUCGCUUUUAGCCCUGGCUAAAUCUAUAUAUUAAGGUGCACAUGCAAUCGAAUACUUCGACUGUGUCGGGUUUGAAUUCCUAAGGUCAGGGCACGUUCAGCUUCGGACAAGGAUCUAGCUCCCUUAAAAGUGUGAGUGCUAUAGAGUGAAUAUGUUACCCUGCCCAUGCAAGCAGUUUAAAACAAAUGAAUUUCAAAAUGGAAUGUCUCUCAAGCCUUCUAGUUACUAUAAAUACAGAGAUGAUAAUCUUCAACAUUCGGUGGUCAAUAGUAACGAAACUCAAUCACGAAAUUCAAGGGCAGUGGUACUUAGCACCCAUGCUCGUUUACGAUUCAAUUCAUCCAUGAGCUCUCUCCAAGGAGCCUUUGCUUUCAAAACACGAACUGGUACAAAAAGUUUAGGCUGCUUGCAAUGUUUCUAGCAUUAAUUUGUUUUGUAUCCUUGUCAGUAGAUUCAUGGAGCUGUAAAAAAAAAGGCUGGAGGAAAAAGGUUAUAAAGUUAAAACUAAAACUCGUUUUUUGCAUUGAUAAAUGCCAACCAGAAUCAAGCGCUGCUGGGGUAGUUCUCCAAGUUGUUCAUAUGCCACCGAUCCACAGUUCUUAGAUCCUUGUUACUGUUUAACGAUCAUGGCAUUCGCCAUAAAAAUACUAUAGGUUAUUUGUUCUUUGUAAAAGUUUUUGAAACAUUUUUGCUGAAAUUGCUAACUUUUGCAGGUACUGGUGUACGCCUCCUUCCCAGUUGUUUCCAUGAUACUGAUGAUUUUUGUGAACCACUCAAAGCCGAUGGCGCCCGCAGCAUCGGCGAUGAUUAUGUGCAAAACAUUUGUGACGUUCUCAAAUUUAAUAACACACUGUCUAAUUUGCAUUUGAGUGGGAAGAGCAUUUCCUACGUUGGUGCCCAGUAUCUUUCUGAGGCUUUCAAAGCUAAUAAGACAGUGACCAAUUUAAAUUUGAGUUUGAACAGAAUUUCCGACGUUGGUGCCCAUUAUCUUUCUGAGGCUCUCAAAGUUAAUAAGACAGUGACUAAUUUGAAUUUGAAUUGGAACAGCAUCUCCCAUGUUGGUGCCCAGUAUCUUUCUGAGGCUCUCAAAGUUAAUAACACAGUGACUAAUUUGGAUUUGACAAGGAACAGGAUUUCCGACGUUGGUGCCCAGUAUCUUUCUGAGGCUCUCAAAGUUAAUAAGACAGUGACUAAUUUGAAUUUGAAUGGGAACAGCAUCUCUCAUGUUGGUGCCCAGUAUCUUUCUGAGGCUCUCAAAGUGAAUAACACAGUGACUAAUUUGAAUCUGAAUUGGAACAGCAUCUCCCAUGUUGGUGCCCAGUAUCUUUCUGAGGCUCUCAAAGUGAAUAAGACAGUGACUAAUUUGAAUUUGAGUUGGAACAUCAUCUCCCAUGUUGGUGCCCAGUAUCUUUCUGAGGCUCUCAAAGUUAAUAAGACAGUGACUAAUUUGAAUUUGAAUUGGAACAGCAUCUCCCAUGUUGGUGCCCAGUAUCUUUCUGAGGCUCUCAAAGUGAACAACACAGUGACUAAUUUGGAUUUGACAAGGAACAGGAUUUCCGACGUUGGUGCCCAGUAUCUUUCUGAGGCUCUCAAAGUGAAUAACACAGUGACUAAUUUGGAUUUGACAAGGAACAGGAUUUCCGACGUUGGUGCCCAGUAUCUUUCUGAGGCUCUCAAAGUGAAUAGGACAGUGACUAAUUUGAAUUUGAGUUGGAACAUCAUCUCCCAUGUUGGUGCCCAGUAUCUUUCUGAGGCUCUCAAAGUUAAUAAGACAGUGACUAAUUUGAAUUUGAAUGGGAACAGCAUCUCUCAUGUUGGUGCCCAGUAUCUUUCUGAGGCUCUCAAAGUGAAUAGGACAGUGACUAAUUUGAAUUUGAAUGGGAACAGCAUCUCUCAUGUUGGUGCCCAGUAUCUUUCUGAGGCUCUCAAAGUUAAUAAGACAGUGACUAAUUUGAAUUUGAAUGGGAACAGCAUCUCCCAUGUUGGUGCCCAGUAUCUUUCUGAGGCAGUCAAGGUGAACAAAGCGGUG